AUGUUUGCCUUCCGGCCUGCUCGGUCCUCUUCUCCAGCGAAAUCAACCACCCUUCCUCAGCAGCGCCUGCAAGCAUCAACCAACUCCGAAGAUGUAUCCCGCUCUUCGGCUUUUUCAACGGUCCCUGAGCUUGCAGGGAUGUCAACUGAAGAAGUCGAGCUUAUAGAAGCUAUUAUAGAACGGGCUGGUCCAACGGCGACUACUUUCCUCACGGUCUUCAAAGCAUACAACGACAUCCUCCUUGAGCGUGGCUUGGAUCCUCACGAGGUCGUAUAUUACGGAAAGCUGUUGAAGCUGGGCACACUCAAAGGAAGCAGCUGGAAAGAGAAAUGGGACGCGAUUAAAGUCCAAAAUGGGUAUGGCACGGCACUACAGGAUUUUCUUGUGCCAUCGAAGGUCGUCGUUGCUUCUAAGCAUCCACAAGUUCGAUCUGGUAUCAUCGUAAAUUCUCGCCCAGGACCUUCGACAAUACUGAGCGAUGACCUAUUCUCUUCUGGACUUCGUAAAUCGCAAGUAUCGGAUACUGAAGAUGGCUCUGUAGUCGAUGAGCCUCCAUUUUCCAAGGUCUUCUCUUCUCGUAAAGACCCCAGUCCUUCGGAUUUAACCAACAAUUCACUGGGUCUCGAAUUGGACGAGGGUAUUCAACGACCAUUCUCUAUCCCCGUAUCCUCGCAUGCUCCAUUUCGACGAACUGCUCGUCCGUUGGAUCAUGAUACUGUAGAACCUAUCACGUCCACACCACCUUCCCAUCGUGUCGUUACUCGAGGUCUUCCAACAAGAUCAAAAUCUCCAAUAUUUUCCGAGACUCUCUCUAUGAAGAGUGAAAGUCUGCCACUUGCACCCAGGCGCAGAAAUAGCGCUAUUAACGACGAAGACGCUUGGAAAAAGGUUGCAAUGAUUCAAGAUGAGAGAGAAGCCGAUAGGUUCAGAAAGGAUAGACUCAUCGAACGUUGUUUCAAUGUAUGGAGGCAGGGAUUUAGGUGGAUAAUAACCACAAACGAGCAAAUCGACGAUGCCCGAGACAAUCUACUCCUUCGAAAACUGUUUCAACGCUGGCAUCAACGAGCUACUUUCCAUAACAACAUGUAUGUACGAGUUGACGCAUUUGCUAAGAGACGUUGUCAACGCACGUUUUUCGGGAUCUGGAAACAACGUAUGAAACAUCGAGCAAAGGAAAAGCAGCAAAGCGAAUGGCGUCAGGAUAUGCGUAUGAAAAUACAGAUUGUGCGGAAACGACGGGAUGAGAGAAUCUCAAAAGAGGCUUGGGUUAAGUGGGGGCGAUCUCACAAGCUGGUUAUUGCAGACCAGUAUUUUGACGAACAGCUUGUUGUGCGGCUUUUUCGACAUUGGAGAACGCGAUUACGACAAAAUCAUGAGAAGGAGGCUAUUGCAGAUGAUAUGUCUUGCAAUCGCAUGGACAAAGUUGUAGAAUCAUGCUGGGAUCACUGGCGAGCAUCUACCGACUUCUCUCGUAUUCAGAAGGUCGUGUCUGAGAGGGUGGGUUUGAGAAUCGUUUUCGAGGCUUUCGACACAUGGAAGAAAAAAACGUACGACGUACAGAGGGCAGAAGUAUUCUACAAUGUGAACACCACCAAAAAAUUCCUUCAGUCGUGGAAGACCGCCCGAGAUCGGAUACGAAACUUAGAAAUUCGUGCUGAUAAGCAUAUAAUCCGACAAGAUGAUGUUCUUUUGCGCGCUGUAAUGCGUGUCUGGAAAGCACAUGAACGUGGUCAACUUUUGGAGAAAGUCAAAGCAUCUCGAAUGGCAAAGACGGUUUUAGCUGUUUGGAAAGUUCGAGUGGAUCAUCAACGCUUACUUGAAGGCUCUGCUCUUCAAUUCUGCACACGUCUAAAUUCGAGUAAUGCCAAAGACGCACUUUCUUCUUGGCGUCAAAUCCUAAAAGUUCGUCAGAAUGCGCAUUCCCUUGCAGUCCAUUAUUACUCCGAGCGUGCUCUUCGUCAUGGACUACUUCGAUGGCGUUUACAACUUCACGUCAAACUGAAACUGACCCAGAAAGCCCGAAUAGCUGAAAAGUUUUUGGUACUUCACAAAUCGUGGAACCAUAUGAAGGAGCAGUAUCACGGGCGAGUCGUCGAAAGGAACUUCCAAUCAUUUCAACAAUCCAAGGUCAAGAAAAUUUUCGAUGUCUGGUUAAUACUCAGUCAAAAGUUGCGACAACAGCGUCAAGCGGAAGAGCUAAUUCUUGAGCAAGUCCGCCGAAGAAUUCUGAGCAAGUCUUUGACUCACUGGACCAAUCGCGUCAUUGAAAUGAAAGUGCGAGAGCUAGAGGUGUCACAACGUAAUGAGACUGCUCUUCUAAUUUCGGCUUUCAAGAAAUGGAAAUGUGUUCAGGCGCGGCAUGUCGAAGAGUUGGGUCUAAUGGAGAGCUAUCAGGAUAUUAAGCGGCAUGAAAAUGCGCGCAAAUUUUUCAACAAAUGGCUGCUUGUCGCCCGCACCGCUCGCCAUCGUCGUGGGGUCCUGCAACAAAAGGAGGAAGAAGUCAAGCUUAGGACAAUAGAAAUAGGUUGGGACAGAUGGCGUGAGCGAUUUCAAGAGGAACGUCUCAAGCCAUUAGAACAAAUACUUCUCCUUCGAAAUAAAGAAGCGCUCAAAUAUCGUGCUUUCGCGAUGUGGUUCUCCAGGACUCAGUCACUUCCUGCCAUUCAUUUUGAUUCCAAACGCGUGAAAACUAAGUACUGGAAAGUCUGGAUGAAUAUUAUGCCUCGUGCUCUCCAGGCAAGAACAGCCAGGGAAAUUGACAGGAAGGCGAUCCUUAAAAGAUUCCUUGGCAAGUGGUUACAAGUGUAUCGCACUAAGCUCUCUCUUAAGGCCGUUGCACGCGCGAGAUACUUCCCUGCUCCGACCGCACUUGCACUUACUCCCAGAUCUUCUCUCUCUCGACCACUCAUGCCUCCUUUGUCUUAUGCCCCACGAAACAGCGCUUAUCGAAAUAGAUUCCCCCGCCGGGCAAGCCGAUCUAUUAGCCCUGAAGAAGAAACACUUGCUCCGAGCAAUGUUCUGUCCAUUCCGCGAUUCACUGGGUUGGGAAAUCGCCUCAAAGCGCCCACAAAGGCCAGAUCUGAAGUUAGCCCCACCCGCACUCUCAUUUCAGAUAUACCUCGGACUCGAGCUUCCAGCCCGGCUCGGUCAAGCAAGUCCUCAGCUCCUGCGGCGUGGUAUAUGAGAGAUCGCAGUCCAGCAGCUCCUCCGUCUUCAGCAGGGGGCCUCGAAGAACGAAGUAGUUUGUGGCAAGAACUGCAAGAUGUGCGCAGACAGUCACAAACCCCAUCAGAAAAAUCCCGUCCUCCCAGAAAACCACCUUGA